CCCAGUUUCUUGGAGGGUUUGAGGAGGAACCCCCAUCAGAACUGCAGCCUGAUCCGUCAACCGGUACCGAGAGGUGACGGUCCAACCCGGGGAGAGAGGAGGAGGGGACGGCCAGCCGGGAGCUCGGUUAGCGGGGCCGGGCGCAGGUUUCCAGAACCGGAAAUACAGGAAUAUAAAGCAGAAUAUCCUAAAAUGCUAACUUGUCAAUCUCAAGAAAACUUUAUGGAAAGACUUCCAUCUGAGAUCCUGCUAAAGAUUCUGUCGUACCUGGACGCCUCCUCGCUGUCCAGCAUCAGCCUCGUCAGCAAGACCUUCCACCAGCUUGCCGACGAUGAUGUCAUAUGGCAUAAGAUUUACAUGUCAGAUUUUGGGAGUCAAACAUGGAGGCCAAAGUCGUCGUCGGUGGAUGCGGCGCUGAAGGUCGACCCGGUGGUGACGGUGGGGGAGGAUCGGUCGGCGGGCCGCUGGAAGAAGAUGUACUUCAGGACCGCGGCUGGACAGGAUGUGAACAAGUGGAGGAGGGAGAUGAAGGACGUCAGCCCGUACACCGGUUUACCCCGGAGGACGGAGUCGGUCCUCAGGAACUUGAACGUGAGCUGGGAGCUGACGUUGUGUUGUUGUUCGGGGCAGCAGAUCACGAUGGAGCCGAGCCGAGCGUACUUCUUUGAGUCCUCCGCCAUCGUUCACUUCAACGGAGGACGCUUCCUCAGAUACUAUCAGAUCAGAAACAUCCAGCUGUACGGAGUCAGGAGGGAGACACCGAAGAGCCCCGAAGCCAAGAGGCCCGGCUGGCGCUCUCUGAUCUGGAAGCUGGACGUGAAGACUCGGCACGGUUGGUUCUUUGGCAACGACAGCCUCGUCAGGUUGAGGCAUCUACAGCCGGGAGUCACCAUAGGAACCUGGAGGGGUGAAGACACCGUCGCCUUCAUCAUGGUCACCCUUCACUUCCACAAGCUGGUGGAGAAAAGUCUGCUUGGAUCUCCAGUCUGCCCGUACUCUGAACCCGUCCACCUUCUUCCUGUGGAUAACUCGGACCCUGAGUUUGGUCUCCAUGGUUACUCGCUGCACUUCGUCCUGCACAACACCGGCACCAAGAUCAUGUCGGGACACUUCCACCAGCUCUGCUGUCGAAGAGUUCAGAUCCGCGGCGGUCUGGUGGAGCUGAGAGUCAUCAACAGGAACAACUUGUCUCAGCACAGAUCGCUGUCUGGAAACAUCAAGCUGCCCUGGAGGAGCGAGACUCUGGAGGGUUCGGUGGAGAACUGCUGCAUCAUGACGCUGACUCUGCUGGACGAGUUCCAGAAACCCUUCUGGUGCGUCAGCUCGUCCGUUUUCGUGGUCCGGGCCAAGAUGGCGCUGUCCCUCGACUACGGCGGCGAGCUCUUCCUGAUGCAUUUCCACGACCCCGAAGGUCGGGUGAAGAUGAAGCUGGUCUGGCUGAAGGAGCAGAAGCAGUUCUUCGUCAUCAGCCUCGUCGUCUUCGUUCCUGUCGUCAAAGUCAACAAGCACUUCAGCACGGCGUACUGAGGUCGUGAUUUUU